AAUGUUAUGUAUAGACAGUGUUAAAUUACAACUGUUCUUUUGUGUUUUUGCAACUCACUCGUCAAAUUAAAGAUGGCGGAUAUAUACAGCAAUGAAAACCCUUUGUUUAAAACAUUGGCAUUCUAUGUUGGGGUUUUGAUUCUAAAAAUGUUUUUUGUGCAGAUGUAUACAACCUUCCAGCGGAUCACAAAAAACAUAUAUGCAACAGAAGAAGAUAUAACUUUCGCUGACCCUUCUGGCAAAAAGGUGAAAAUCGAUCCCCAAAAUCCGAUAGUGGAGAGAAUUCGAAGGGCACACUUAAACGACAUUGAAAAUAUCGUACCAUUCAUAUUUCUUGGUAUCUUCUACAUUUCAACACAUCCAGUGUACUCAACCACUCUCCUCGUAUUUCGAAUCUUCACCGCAGCGCGAUUUUUACACAGUUUUGUGUACCUCGCACAUGUACGACAACCAUUCAGAGUUCUUUCAUUUGGAGUUGGUAUAGCUGUGAAUAUUUUUAUGGCAGUAAGUAUCGUGAUGUUUUACAGUAAGGUGUAAAGAUAGAAAACAACAAAGAUGAGUAGAGGUAUAUACAAUGGGCAGUUAAUAAAGAAAGAAGUAAAAUUUUUACCUGUACUGUAUGAAGCUUGAAAAAAAAUUUUUAGUUGGCA